AUGAAGCCCUUUGGCUCGAGACCGCUGCCAGGAUCUUCAGCCGAGCGACAUAAACGACAACAGACGAGCCUCAGCCAUGGUGCUCGGCCGCAGCUGCCCACAAGCAGCAGUAUGCCUACGCUGCCAGGCCAGAAGACUACGGCGGUAGACUCUCGUCUAGAUCCGCGGACAAGGAGCCCCUUUGCUGGACGAGCUGUAGUGACACCUCUGGCUGCUUCUCGGAGGGAUAACACGCCGCCUGCCAAGUUCUUGGUGAAAAGCUUGUCGCCUGGUUCCGAAUACCUUAAGAUUGGGAUACAGUGGACAGAGCAGCCGGAGACGAGAUCUUCCAACACGACACUUGAUGAUGUGGAAUCAGAGGAAGAGCGAAGAAUCCAUGCUGCAGCGCAAGACGAAGCAGCGGAGCUCGUUUUCAAACACCGUAACCCGGAUUCACACCUGGUGAAUCCUCAUGCACCAUACGCAAACCCAGAUACUCGGAAAGAUAGCUGGUCACAUUCACGGAACGGCAGCUAUCAUAGAAGCCACAGUAAAGAGCCCGUAGCACAACAUCGCAGAAAUCUAAGCGCAGCUGAGCAUGCUUGGAAGCAGGCUGCGCCCGAGGAUGUGGAACGUGGCAAAGAUACACUCCUUCGAACCUGUACAUUUCCGGCAAGCGCGUCUGCGCAGGGUCCUCGCUCGCCCUCUGGCAAGAGCUACGGUGCAUUAGCCGAAGCAGUAGACAAGGACAUAGCAAAGGCAUCUCAACGAAGCAGUAGCGGAGGUAACAAGCGUAUCCUGAGCGGAGAAAAGAAGAUGUACAUGCAUCGCCACGAUCGUAUUUGGGAAGAUCCGCAGGAGCAGCCAGAGAUGAACACAGACAUCGACGCCCAGCCGGAGCCUGUCAAGGCUGCUAUCCCACCCGUGCAGUCUUCCCAAUAUGCCCGCAAGAACCCAUUCGCCAGAAUGCGUGCGCAACAACCACCGAAGCUGGAGCACUCGGCAUCCGCGCCUGUAUUGCCUUCCACGAGGUAUCAGCCCAUCGAGAUCCAGCGUAACGCACCAAGUCAGAGUCGAGGAGCCGGAUACCUAACGAACGAAAACCCCCUGCCAACGCUCCCUUCGGCAACUUAUCAACCACCGGAGCCAACUUCGCCCACCAAGAAUGGAAUCGAGAUCCGGAGUGAUGACAUUCGCGCUGCGACCAGCAAGCAGCGUAAGGACAGAAGCCCGAACCUACCUCAGCCGACACUCGUCAGUGACAAGCCUGGACGACCAAUCGUGAGCUUCCGACAGAACGCGGGCCCGAAAGAGGUUGUGCUGCAGGAGGUACAUUCUUUGAUCCCGGAUCCAGUGAAAGGACGAGAGCUACCUAUGAAGAGUACGCCUGCUGCGGAGAAACCGCGUCUCGGAGAGAGCACGGUAUCAAAUAUGCCGCCUGUUCCGACACUCAUCCUGCCCGAGGAGCCAGACCUGCCGAGCAUCGUCCUGCCCGAAGAACCUGACUUCGCAAGUACAAGUGUACAAUCCGCACCAACAACGCCAGCAUUCAACGUGGGGCUGCCCAGUAUCAUAAUAGACGUGCCAACCGCGUCAGCCUCUGUAAGCUGUCGCAGACCGCUGCCUUUGCCUACACGCCCGGGCUUGCCGCAUCAUUCUGCGACUUCACCACUGCCGAAGUCGACACCUCACUACACGCCUUCUGUUCGUCAGACAGGCACUCUCUGCGCCCACUGCGCCCUCCCCAUCGCCGGGCGCAUCCUCAGCGCAGCAGGCGAACGCUUUCACCCGAGCUGCUUCGUCUGUCAUCAAUGCCAUACGAACCUAGAGUGCGUCGCCUUCUACCCGGAACCAGAUGGCAAGCGCUCCGAAAGAGUCGAACGUAUUCGCGCCCGUGAAGCGGGCAUCAACGUAGCAAUCCCCGAGAAUGACUCCCUCGAUGACAGCCUUUGCCAAGAAGCCAUGGACGGCGACGAAAGCCUGCGCUUCUACUGCCACCUCGACUUUCACGAGCUUUUCAGCCCGCGCUGCAAAAGCUGUAAGACACCUAUCGAGGGAGAAGUCAUUGUCGCUUGUGGUGCGGAAUGGCAUGCGGGGCACUUCUUCUGCGCUCAAUGCGGCGACCCUUUUGACGCUCAUACGCCUUUCGUGGAGAAAGAUGGAUAUGCUUGGUGUGUGGGGUGUCAUACUAACAGAUACAGCUCGAAGUGUAGGAAGUGUAGGAAGCCGGUCACGGAUCUGGUUGUGAAGGCGCUUGGGGCGGACUGGCAUGAGGGAUGUUUUGUUUGUGUUGAAUGUAAUGGCGGUUUUGGAGAUGGUCGAUAUUUUUUGCGCGGCGACUCGCAGGAUCCGGUAUGUGUGAGGUGCGAGGAGAUGCGGCUCAAAGCAUAA